UGAGUUCCGCGUCGCAGCGCAUUUAAAGUCCUGCAGCGUUUCCUCCUCCAGCUUCUACCGUCAGGCUGCAGGAGACCGUCCGCCACCAUGUCCGACCAGGGGACCUUCGACACCAACGUGGUCACCGUGACCCGCUUCCUCAUGGAGGAGGGCAGGAAGGCGAAGGGCACCGGAGAGCUGACCACGCUGCUCAACUCGCUGUGCACCGCCGUGAAGGCCAUCUCCAGCGCCGUGCGUAAAGCUGGGAUCGCCCAUCUUUACGGCAUUGCUGGCAGCACCAAUGUGACGGGCGACCAGGUGAAGAAGCUGGACAUUCUGUCCAAUGAUCUGGUUAUUAACAUGCUAAAGUCAUCUUUUUCCUCCUGCGUGCUGGUGUCUGAAGAGAAUGACAAAGCUAUCAUUGUGGAGCCAGAAAGAAGAGGUAAAUACAUCGUGUGCUUUGAUCCUCUGGACGGUUCAUCCAACAUCGACUGCCUCGUCUCCAUCGGAACCAUUUUUUCCAUUUACAAAAAGACCACAGAUGAUGAGCCCUGUGAGAAAGACGCUCUGCAGCCAGGCAGGAACCUCGUGGCAGCAGGUUACGCCUUGUACGGCAGCGCCACCAUGGUCGUGCUCUCCACUGGCCAAGGAGUCAACUGCUUCAUGCUCGACCCAGCAAUUGGUGAAUUUAUCCUGGUUGAUCGGGAUGUGAAGAUCAAGAAGCGAGGCAAAAUUUACAGCGUGAACGAAGGUUAUGCAAAGUACUUCGACCCUGCUGUUACAGAAUACCUGCAGAAGAAGAAGUUUCCUCAGGAUGGCAGUCCGCCCUACAACGCCCGUUACGUAGGUUCUAUGGUGGCAGACGUCCACCGAACACUGAUGUAUGGAGGAAUCUUUUUAUACCCAGGAAAUGUGAAGAACCCUGAGGGAAAGCUGCGGCUGCUGUACGAAGGAAACCCCAUGGCCUUCAUCAUGGAGCAGGCGGGCGGCAUGGCCUCCACCGGCUAUGAGAAUAUCCUGGACAUCCAGCCUGUGUCCAUCCACGAGCGCUCGCCUGUAGCAAUGGGCUCCUCCGAUGAUGUGCUGGAGUUCAUCGCCAUCUGCAAGAAACAUGCCAAGAAGUGAGACCACACUGACUCACUCUCACCACCAACCCCACUCCUGCAAAAAAACCUUGUCUCCAAACUGUCUGCUGUUCAGGGAUUGAAGAAGUGGGGAUUGUACUGAGCUUGAUGUGAAUGUUAUUUGGAUGUUUUGGGUUUUUUUUAUGCAGUUUUGAAAUGUUUCUUAGGACCAAAAAUGUGAAGACUUCUUGAAUGAAAAGAGCUGAAUUUGGGGGUACAAGGUUUUCAUUCCAUACCAGCAAUAUUCAUGUUCUAAUUGUAGAAGUCUGAGUGAAAGAAAGUGGUUCACAUGAAGACUGUGGUCAUAAGCUCAUGUCACAAUAAACGCACACAUUCCAGAAAAAACUAGCAAAGAUGAAGAAAACUAUGCUAAAAAACAGACAAAUGCACUUGAAUAAACACAACCUGAAGACUUUUCUCCUCAGGUUACCUCUAAUUGUGCCUUAAUUAGACUGAACAUCUCUUCUAGACGUGCGAAAGGACCAAAUGCAACCUCUAUGCAAUGAAACUUGAUGCAUUUAUUGUGUAACAAAAUUACUGUUUGAAAUGAUGAAGUCUUAAUAAAUCAAAAUGAGUCUGUGACAACAAA